AUGGGGAAAUUUCUGCUGUGGGUUGGCCUGGCCAUUUUGCUGCACCUGCAGCUGGGCACAGCUUAUAAACUCGUGUGCUACUUCACCAACUGGUCUCAGUAUAGGCCAAGCCCUAUGACGUAUUUCCCGGAAAAUGUUGACCCACAGCUUUGCACCCACUUGUGUUAUGCCUUUGUUACUAUGAAAAACAACGAGAUAGCACCUUAUGAAUGGAAUGAUGAAGAAUUCUUCCCUCGGAUCCAAGCAUUGAAGGAGAGGAAUUCGGAACUGGUGACACUGCUCUCAAUUGGAGGAUGGAACUUUGGCACCGAAUUGUUCACCAUCAUGGUUUCUACAGCUGCGAACCGCAAGACCUUCAUAAAUUCAGUGAUUGCAUACCUCCGUAAAUAUGGUUUUGAUGGAAUUGAUCUAGACUUUGAAUACCCAGGCUCUAGGGGAAGCCCUUCUGAGGACAAGCAACGCUUUACCACCCUGGUUCAGGAAAUGCGGGAUGCCUUUACACAGGAAGCUGCAAGAAGUGGGGCGUCUAGUCUACUGAUCACAGCGGCAGUGUCUGCUGGUGUGGAGACGAUUGAUGCUGGAUAUGAAAUUGCUAAGCUAGGGCAACUCAUGGAUUUCAUCAGCGUGAUGACGUAUGACUUCCACGGUGACUGGGAUAGUACCACUGGAUGCAACAGCCCCCUGUACUCAGGUUCUGACUGGUGUGACGUCGACUAUUUCAACUGCGCGUAUGCGAUGGAGUAUUGGAGGGACCAAGGGGCCCCGGCUGAGAAACUCCUCAUGGGAUUCCCCACCUAUGGGCGUUCUUUCACGCUCAGUAAUAGUGGCAGCACAGGUCUCUGUGCUUCAGUCUCUGGUGCUGGUCCCCCAGGGCCGUAUACAGAGGAGGCUGGAUAUUGGGCUUACUUUGAGGUGUGCGCUUUCCUAAAGGAUGCUGAAGUACGAUGGCUGGAGGAUCAAAAAGUCCCAUAUGCCUACAAGGGGAAUGUAUGGGUUACAUAUGAUGACAUUUGUAGUUAUAGACACAAAGUCAAAUAUCUGAAAGAGCUUAAGUUUGGAGGUGCCAUGGUUUGGGCCAUAGACUUGGAUGACUUCCGUGGUACUGAAUGUAAUCAGGGAAUAAAUCCUUUAAUAACUGAGCUGAAGCGAUUGCUUGAAACAAAUGAUCCCAUUGUGCCAGACUGCCCUCUGGUUGAUCCUCCAAGUACACCUACGGUUGAUCCUUCAGUUACGCCCACAGUUGAUCCUGUCGUCACGACGCCAGGGGAUUCAGGAGAUGAAACUUUUUGUGUUGGGAAAGUUGAUGGCAUCCAUGCAGACCCCAAAGACAAGUCAAAAUUCUACAUUUGUGUGGGAAACCGGACUUUUCAAUUUAAUUGUGCAGCUGGCCUGGUCUUCAAAGACAGCUGCAAAUGCUGUGACUACCCAUAAUAUGAACACUACCCCAAACAAACAACAAAGAUCAGGCUUACUGUGGAAGUCUCCUCUUCUCCUAAAUAAAAUUGUGAAACAGC